AUGGAGAUCAUAGAUGUUAUUAAAUCCAUCCCCAAGGAAAAAUCUCCUGAGGUAGAUGAAUUCCAUAUUGAAUUUUUCACUAAGAACUGGGAGAUUAUGAAGGAUAAGAUUGUAUAUGCUGUGCAACAAUUAUUCUAUACUGGUACUCUUUCCUAUGAUUUAUUGAUGUAUUGUAGGGCAGACCUUAUCUCUGUUAAAUUGUUGAAUGAAGCUUUCAUGAGAUUCUCUAAGGCUUUAGGUUUGCAGGCAAAUUUGGAGAAGAGUUCAUUGUACAUAGCUGGAGUUGCUGACCACACCAAAGAAGAACUUCUAAAAGAAAUUGGAUAUGUUGUAGGUGUGCUCCCUUUCAAAUACUUGGGAGUCCCUCUAGCAUCCAAAAAACUUAGUGUUAAUCAGUUUUUACCCAUGAUAGAGAAAAUUACUGCAAAGGUUGCAAUUGAUCAAGUCAGUUUUGUUUGGGGUACAAGCCUAUUGGUCUUAGAUUUCUUAAUUCCCAAGAAAGUUAUAAAGAGCAUAGAGCAGAUCUGUAGAACAUUUUUGUGGACUAGAUCUGUAACUGUAUCCAAGAAAGCCUUAGUGUCUUGGGAAACUGUAUGUAAGCCUCAUGCAGUUGGUGGCCUUAAUAUCAUGGAUCUGUGCCUUUGGAACAGAGCAGCAAUACUGAAACAAUUGUGGAACAUAGCUAGGAGCAAAGAAUGUUUAUGGAUCUGA